AUGACAACCGUCCUCUCAAUCCCAAAGACAAGAGUCUUCCAACUCCUCUGGGCCAAAGAAGAAUCGCCAGCGCCCCUAAUCGAACAAUUCAUCAAGUCCCACCCCCUAACCCGAUCCCUCCAAGUAAACCCUCGACUCAACGAGUCAAGACCCCACCUCAACGUAUUCGAAAGCCCGCGAUCACAAUCGCGCAAUCUCCUCACGGGGGUCCUAGCCGGGCCUGAGAGAAUAAGCGUGGCACCAUACGUGUUCCAGGAUCCCGGGAAAAGCAUGAUCAUGCUAAUGCACCUGGGCAACGAGAUGUGCAGCCACGAGGGCAUAAUUCAUGGCGGUCUUCUCGCUACCUUGCUUGACGAGUGUCUGGCGCGAUGUUGCUGUCCGGUCUUUGAGAAAAAGGUGGCCGUGACUGCGAAUUUGAAUAUUGAUUAUCGGAGCCCGGCGAUGGCGGAUUCUUAUUUUGUUGUGCAUGCAAAGGUUACUAAGGUGCUGGGUCGGAAGGCGUGGGUGGAUGGUUGGGUUGAGACUUUGCCGAGUGAACGGGGAGAGUCGACGCUUAUUGCGGAGGCGAAGAGUCUUUUUGUUGAGCCUAAACAUGCAGCGGGAUUGAAGGGGCUUUACAAUUCAUAA